CCGUCCCACUUUCAUACAUAUAAGCUCCUUUUUUCACAAGUUACCCCUAAAAAAGCUUAAGACUUACUUACACUUCUUUACAAACCUCUACUCCAAGCAACUUACUUACUUACAAGAGAAAGAGACCAAAAAAGAAGAGGUUAGCUAGUUUAAGGAGGUGGGUGUUUGUUUUUGCUCAUUUAGGAAUGAAAGUGCCCGUUUCCACCCCUCAAACUUGCAACACCGUCACUGGAAAACCAAUCUCCGCCGACAACAACAACAACUUCAACACCACUUUCCAUUCUCCUAGUAGCAACAUCAGUAGCAACAACAACAGCAACAGCAACAACAACAACAACAACAACUUGUGUUACGAGCCUACAUCGGUCCUUGACCUCCAACGUAGUCCUAGUAGCCCCGCGGGUGCUACCAAGACUGUCACCAGUACUCCACCACCUCAACCUCCAUCUUCAGAUACGACGAAGAAUAACAACAACGUUGAUCUGGACAAUUUAGAGGGUUGGGAUUCAAUCCUGUCUGAACUGGGGCUUACUGAUGAUUCAAACUCCAAUAAUCCAAAACUUUUAUUAUCCCAAAUUAGUCCAUGUGAUUCAUCUCACCUUACACAAGUCCUCCCUGAUUUUCCAUCCUCUCAAAAUCAUUUCACCCAAAAUCAUCCCCCUUUAGACCUACCCUCAGAUUACGCCAACUUCUGCGAUUUCUCCUACAACCAAAACCUCAACCCGAAUUUCAGCCCCUUCGAUCAUCACCAACAGCAACAGCAACAACAACAACUUCAUCAUCAUCAUCAGACCACGGCAGCUAAUAACACGUCUUUCGGACUCGAUUUCCUUGACGACCUCAUACGUGCAGCUCAAGCCUUCGAAUCCAACGCCUCACAACAAGUACACUUGAUAUUGGCACGGCUCAAUCAACGUCUCAGAUCACCCGUUGGUAAACCCCUUCAGAGAGCUGCCUUCUACUUCAAGGAAGCUCUCCAACACCUCACCACCACAACCAACAAUAAUUCAUCAUCACCUCGACCACCUCGGCUUUCCUCGUAUGAGGUGGUCCAAACCAUACGGGCUCGCAAAGCAUUCUCGGGGAUCUCCCCCGUGUCUCUCUUCUCCACCUUCGCCGCCAACCAAGCCAUCCUCGAAGCCGUUGUCGAUGGAACAUCUCCCUUUAUCCAUAUCAUCGAUUUCGACAUCGGUUUUGGAGGUCAUUGGGCGUCCUUCAUGCGAGAACUCGUAGACAAAGCAACCGAUCAAACCACCAAGAUGAGCACUUCCAUAAUAUUAAGGAUCACGGCGAUUGUUCCAGAAGAGUUUGGUAUUGAGAGUAAGCUAGUUAAGGAAAAUCUCAUGCAAUUUGCACGUGAUCUUAACCUUAAUUUUCAUAUAGAUUUUGUGUUAAUACCAACUUUUGAGAUAUUAUCAUUUAAGUCUAUGAAGAUUAUGGAGGGUGAAAAGCUAGCUGUUCAUCUUUCUCCUGCGGUGUUUAACCGGUUUUCGAAUAAUUCCCGAAGCGGGAUAUCGAAGUUUCUCGGCGAUCUCCGAGGAAUAUCGCCGAGCUGUGUCGUGGUGGUUGACAAGGAGGUCGGAAUUGACGCCGGUACGGCGUCGUUUGGACCGACUUUCCUUGCUGGGAUUGAAUUCUACACCGGGAUGAUAGAGUCGAUCGAGGUGGCCGCCGCCAGUGGAUUCGCAGGCGGCGGGUUUUCUGUCGGCGGGGAUUGCCUCAGGAGGAUUGAGACGUUCGUGCUGCGGCCGAGGAUUUUUGCGGUGGUGGAAGCGGCGGCGAGGGUGGCGGCUGGGAGGCGGACGUCGUGGAGGGAGGCGUUUGUGGCAGCGGGGAUGAGGGCUGUUGGGUUCAGUCAAUUUGCUGAUUUUCAAGCAGAGUGUUUGUUAAGGAGGGCUCAGGUUGCCGGGUUCCACGUGGCGAAACGUCAUGGGGAGAUGAUGUUGUUUUGGCAUGAUCGGCCCCUCAUCGCCACAUCAGCUUGGCGGUGUUAAGCCGGUACCGCCACGUAAGCCGUACUCCACUAAUUUUAUGGAGGGUAUUUAACAUUAAUUAGUAAUUUUGCACCCUAUAAUUAUAUAAUUAGAGUGCAUUAAUCUGUACUUUUGCCAAUUGCUAAAUGUCUAAAUUUAGGGGGGUGGAAAGUGUCAAAACUUUAUAGUAAAAUAGAGUGCAAAUGAUAUUGUCCAUGUGAAUUAUUGUAGGUAAAACUCUACAGAUCAUGAAAAGGGGAGAGAGAAAAUCAUACCUUAAUUACAUGUCACGUCGGACAUUAUAUCAAGUUUAAUUAGCUUUAAUGAAAUGUAAUUUAGUUCUUAAGUUUUUGUUGGGUAAAUAAUUUAGUGAGAGGGCGAAGGUAAGGGAAUUACAUGAUGGUACUAAGUUGUUCCUACCUUAUAAAAAUGGUGUGUUUUAAUUGGAUCGGAGUACUAAAACAUUUGAACUCGGAGAUAGAUGCUAGUUGUUCCUUCUGUUAAGUUGGAGAGAGGCUUAGAAUGGUUAUUAGGCCUAUCACUUACUACAUAUUAGGUCAACUAAACCACUAUAGUUCUAUAAUACAUGUAGUAGUAACACUAUGUAUUGGGGUUGGUUCAAUUCCGUUGUUCAAUUUCUGGAAACUUUUAUGUUACUCAUGAAUUUAGUGUAUCAUGACUCUUUUAUCAAUUUUACUCA